GCGGGCGGGAGGCUCUGGCCGGCGGGCGGGGCGGCCCGAGGGAGCCGCGCCCGCCGCCCCGGGCAGGCCGGCACCCCGCGGCCGCCGCGGCCCCAUGCUGCUGCCCCUGGCCUGCCUGCACGGCCGGGUGGCGCAGUGCCUCACCGCGCUGCUGGUGCUCGCGGAGCCGCCCCCGAGGCCCCGGCGCGGCGCGAGGGCGCACGGCGCGCCGCCCCCGCGCUCGGGGGCCGCCCUGCCCGCGAAGAUGGCCGCGGAGCUGUACGCGCCCGGCGCCGCCGCCGCCACGGCCACGGACAUCGCCAACAGCAACGCCAGCGCCGCCGCCGCCGCGGGCAGGAAAGGCCGGCCCAGCGCCCCGCCGCCUGCGCCCCCGCCGCCCGCGCCCGCGCCGCCCGCGCCCGACAACAACAACUUGGAGAGCGCCCACUGGCAGGCCUUCCACCCGACCCUGCGCGAGAGGAACGCGCUGAUGUUCAACAACGAGCUCAUGGCCGACGUGCACUUCGUCGUGGGGCCCCCGGGCGCGGCCCGCAGGGUGCCGGCCCACAAGUAUGUCUUGGCCGUCGGUAGCUCUGUCUUCUAUGCCAUGUUUUACGGGGACCUGGCCGAAGUCAAGUCAGAGAUCCACAUCCCUGACGUGGAACCUGCAGCUUUUCUGAUCUUGUUAAAGUACAUGUACAGCGACGAGAUUGACCUGGAAGCCGACACAGUGCUGGCCACUCUCUACGCUGCCAAGAAGUACAUUGUCCCCGCCUUAGCGAAAGCCUGUGUCAACUUCCUGGAGACGAGUCUGGAAGCCAAAAACGCUUGCGUCCUGCUGUCCCAGAGUCGGCUGUUUGAGGAGCCCGAGCUGACCCAGCGCUGCUGGGAGGUCAUCGACGCGCAGGCGGAGAUGGCCCUGAGGUCCGAAGGCUUCUGUGAGAUCGACUGGCAGACGCUGGAAAUCAUCGUGACGCGAGAGGCCCUCAACACCAAGGAGGCCGUGGUUUUCGAGGCGGUCCUGAGCUGGGCGGAGGCCGAGUGCAAGAGGCAGGGCCUGCCGGCCACGCCGCGCAACAAGAGGCGUGUCUUGGGACCAGCCCUCUACCUGGUCCGGAUCCCAACCAUGACCCUGGAGGAGUUUGCCAACGGCGCCGCCCAGUCGGACAUCUUGACGCUGGAGGAGACCCACAACAUCUUCCUGUGGUACACAGCGGCAAACAAGCCCCUCCUCGAGUUCCCCUUGACCAAGAGGAAGGGCCUCGCCCCCCAGAGGUGCCACCGCUUCCAGUCCUCUGCCUACCGCAGCAACCAGUGGCGCUACCGCGGCCGCUGCGACAGCAUCCAGUUUGCCGUGGACAGAAGAGUAUUUAUUGCCGGGCUGGGCUUGUACGGCUCUAGCUCUGGGAAAGCCGAGUACAGCGUGAAGAUUGAACUCAAGCGGCUGGGGGUGGUCCUGGCGCAGAACUUGACCAAGUUUGUCUCCGAUGGCUCCAGCAACACCUUCUCAGUCUGGUUUGAACACCCCGUGCAGGUGGAGCAGGACACCUUCUACACGGCCAGUGCUGUCCUGGAUGGCAGUGAACUGAGCUACUUUGGGCAGGAGGGCAUGACAGAGGUGCAGUGCGGGAAGGUGACCUUCCAGUUCCAGUGCUCCUCGGACAGCACCAACGGGACUGGAGUCCAGGGCGGGCAGAUCCCUGAGCUCAUCUUCUACGCCUGAGGCGCCGCGGGGUGGCUGGGAUGUGCUGCGAGCGGCAGGCCCUUUCUCUACAGGCAGCCCGUGGCCUGGCAAGUGCCGGGAAGUGCGGGACACUCUGCUGCGGCCUCACAGCCACCUCGAAGGCUGCGCUGGCAGCAUGUCUCCCUUGUGAGUCGUCAGCUGGAGCCUGGAGCUGGGACACAGACGCUCCUCUACACAGCCAGGGCCUUGGUCUCUGAAUCUUGGCUGUUGGGGCGCAUGUCCCAGGUGGAGGGCAGAUGUGGGGGGGGGCACAAGGCAGGCCCCAGAUUCCCUCCCAGUGGCGCCCGCACUGCCUGCUUUGAGGGCUCUGCCGUCUCUCCCAUCCUCUUGGAUUCUAUUCUAAGUGGUUCUAAGCUUGAGGCCCCUUCACAUCCAAAAUGGGGGAAAGUCACCUAAAGCAGUUCACCUAUUUAAGUGGAUUUUCAUAAUAAAGUUUUAACAGAAUGAGA